AUGCUCCCGAGAACCAAGAGACCCGAAGCCGUCUCAUUUGGGGGCCUCGCCUCCGCCACCAACCUCCCGCGCGUCGCGCACCUCGUACAGAAGCGCCGACAGACCAACCCCAACCCACGACUAUGUGAGCGGUGUCAGGACUGGGACGUCCCCGACUUCGCUGCCGGUCUGGGAUCCAAAGCACACCACUAUAUCUCUUUUGAGAACAUCUCACUUCGAUCGUCAAAGUGUCUCUUUUGCUGCGCGAUCGCGGCGGCUGUCGAAGCCCGGCGGCGGGAGGAUGAGUGGUUACGUGACUGCUCCGAAGCGUGCUUAUUCGUCACACUCCAAGGCCCUUUCUUCCUUGACUCGGGGCUAGCUGAGGACCAGAAGUACCGAUUGUUCGCUUCCUCUGAUGAUGAAGUGUCUCUGAGGUUGUUUCUGGAGUUGACUCUGAGUGCCGUGCCAGACAGAUCGAAGUCGGGGGCUUUGGAUUCGUUGCCGUCUCCCUUUGCGGUCACGCCGCAGUUUCUCUUCAGAUACUCGACAGCCGAACCUCAGAGACUUCAGGCAAUUGAAGAUUGGGAGGCUGAAUACUUUGAUGUCAAGACAUUGAAGGUCUGGAUUGAUGGCUGCGAGAUCCUUCACGGCCACCACUGCGUGAGCAAGUACAAGUCGAUUGAUGUUCGUGGAAUGAAGAUUGUCAAGCCGUCAAGGCCGGUCCGCUUCGUUGCUCUCAGCUACAUGUGGGAAGCAUCCGAGGCACCGGGACAUGCCCAGCUGGAGACGACAAACGCAGAGGACUUGGAAUCUCCGGGGAGCCUCGAGUCUGUAAAGCUACCACGCAUCAUUUUGGACGCGAUGUCUCUUUGCAGGCAUCUCGGAGAGGGCUAUCUAUGGGUGGACCGCCUUUGUAUCGUCCAGGAUGACGAGCGAUCGAAGCCUGACCAGAUAGACGGGAUGGACCGGAUCUACCAGUCUGCGUCUUUCUCAAUCCUGGCCGCGCUGAAUGAUCGACAGGGAAAUGGGUUUCCUGGGUAUGCUGGCAACCCGAGGAGGCCUCGCGCCUCUCUGUGGUGCCCACCGCGGAACCGGAACGUUGGGAAGGGUAUUGACCCGAACGGUCUGCAAACAGUAGUGGACGCAUCCCUGUGGAACCGGAGAGGAUGGACAUUCCAAGAGAGGUUGCUUUCAAGGCGCAGCAUCUUCAUCACGGAGCACCAGGUCCUGUUUCAAUGCUGUCGGGGUCACGCCGCCGAGGAACUUACUUGGGGACGAGCACGACAUGAAGUUCCUACCCCCGUGCUGGUUGAGGGGGCAGAUCCACCACGAGCUGAAGAGCCCAUUGACGAACACGAUCCAGAAGCUCAUCAUACGGCUCAAACAGACAUUGACGAAUCAAUGACCGAGAAGAAGACACACCGCAUACCCAGCAUUCCCGGCUUCUACCGCCGAGCGCUCCACAGCAAAGACGCACCAGUCAGGCUACGAGGCCAAGUAUCCCUAGCAAACUACUGCCAAUGGGUCGAAGACUAUACAUCGCGACAGCUCUCCCGCGAAACAGACAUCCUCAACGCCUUUGCGGGAGUAGGCAACGCCGUAGGCGAAUCUAUGCGCACAAAGAUGACGUUCGGCCUGCCGGACAUGUACCUCCCCCAGACGCUCAUGUGGAGCCACAGGGGCGCCGUCCGUCGGCGAGAUGAUGCGGGUUUGAGGAUACCGAGCUGGAGCUGGGCGGCGUGGUCAUCGGUCGAGGGAGAGAGUGCCGCGAGUUACCGGUGGAUUCACGGUGAUGCGCGACUGUACGAUACCAAGCUUGUUCGGAUCGUGACAAUCGUGCAAUUUCACGUACACGAUGCCAGACGCGCCGCCUCAAAGCCUCAAGACGACGGGAAUGGGCUGCGCAAGGUCCGGGUGACGGAACGGUGGCUGGGCAGCUGCAUGCAAAUGGCCAGGAUGAGCGGGAUCGAGAAGCUGCCGCCCUUGCAGAGGAAGAUGGCUGGCGGCAAGUUCAACGUCUCUGAGGAGACGAACGAGAAGUACACCGCCAUGUGGCGGGAGUGUCCGCACAGUCCGUGGGAGGCUCUCGCGCACGCGGAGCUCGAUCCGGAGGCCGUUGAGGUAGCGGCCGGCUUUCCUGGGGCGCUGGUGUUCAACACGACUGUUGCCUCGCUGCGAGUCGGGCGGGACCGGAGGAUGAUGGGCGCGAGGAGGGGUAACCACGAGGAUGCAGAGAUUCUGGAUAUGAUGGGGAGACAUGUUGGGUAUUUGGAUAAGAUGGACACCCGAUGGAUUUCAGGACGGAAGGGGGCGAGGGAUCGGAGGACGUUGCUCGAUUUCAUCGUUGUUAGUGCUUCUGUUGACACCGAAGUCAGCGAGAACAACGAGUGGGCGUUCAUCGAGGGGCAGUUUCAUGAGAUGUGGCGGUUUAAUGUCAUGCUUGUUGAGAGGUUGCCGUGUACACCGUUUGUUGCGAGGAGGGUUGGGGUGGGAUAUGUUUGGCUUAGCCAGUGGAAGGACUGUAAUCCUCGUUGGGAGACUGUGGUUCUUUGCUGA